AUGAGCGAAAAGGAAGCUAGUAAGGAUGAAUGGACUGUAGUGAAGCGUAAACAUUCUUCGAUGCCAGCGAGUUCGUCUUUGCUUGGAGUGCUUCGUGGUACUGCCGCUCCUGGAACUACUUCGCUGACUGCUGCUGAGAGAAAAAAAUACAUUCACCUGUAUUACGUAAAAGAAGGUACGACCGUCGAACAAAUGUCAGAAGAAGCAUGGGACAAGAUAUUUGAUGUAAAUGUCAAAUCUUCAUGGUUGCUAACGAAAGAAGCAUAUCCUGAAUUGAUCAAGAGAGGAGGUGGAAACAUUGUAUUCGUUUCUUCUAUUGCUGCCUACAAUCCUAUCUUUCCGUUGGGACCUUACGGAGUUAGUAAGACAGCGUUGUUGGGACUGACCAAGGCUCUCGCCGCAGAACUUGUCCAUGACAAUAUUCGAGUGAAUGGAGUUGCUCCUGGAAUAAUUGCCACAAAGUUCGCAUCAUUUCUGACUAGCUCGGAAUCUGUUCAAGAACGUUCUUUAGAAUCAAUACCUAUGAAAAGAUUUGGAAAACCGGAAGAGAUAGCAAGUGCAGUAGCAUUUUUGGUGUCUGAAGAUGCGAGCUAUAUGACUGGUGAAACUGUUGUUGUGGCCGGUGGAUCACAAGCGCAUUUGGCCGACCAGAGGAAGAUCGAGGAGGCUAACAAAAAGUUAGAUGAAUGGGUUAAGACGGGGAUCCUCGGACUCCUAGAUGCGGAGGCGGAUAACCCUGAAUCUCCGUUGAUCCAACUGAUCUGUCGAGUGGCUGGUAAGCACAUUGACAAGAUCAACCAGAUCAGGAAGGAAGGGGAGCGCAGCAUCCCUCUGAAGGCAAGGGACAUGGCGAAGGGCAGGGACGCGGCGAACGCCAGGGUCGCGGCGAAGGCAAGGGAUGCGGAAAAGCCUAAGGAGCCGGCACGCACCUACAACCAGAUGGUAGCCGAUGCGGAGAAGCCAAGGGCAGAGGCUGUGGGAAGAAGGCAAGUGGGGUCCGAAAAUGCCACCCCAGGUCCAUCAGUUCAACCCGAGGGCGUUCAACAAGGUAAGUGGUCCAUUGUCGGUAAGAACGGCAGGGAGAAAAGCAAGCUUGCCCUAAAGAGGGAGAGACGCAAGGCCCGAAAGCAGGCUGCGAAAGAAGCUGCUUCGAACGCCCAGCCGCUGCCAGCUAAGCAAAAGAGGUCCACGGCAGGAACCGGAAAACGGCAAGGUCCAGCGCCACCCAAGAGCAAGGGUUAUGCAACAACAACACUUUAG